ACAUGUUGAAGCCAAUGUUGACUUAUUUGUGGACGCUGUGCUGAGCGCCACCUGCGGCUCUAUUAGUCUAUGAUAGCCGCUGCUCCACCCAGGGGAGCUCGACGGAUACGUCGCCUCCGUUCACCGAGUGUGACAGCGUCGCGGCGGCCUCCAGGGCUGCCACCGGUGCAACGGCAGCGGACACCUGAGGUUCCGUCACCACGGGUUGAGAGAAGUCCUCGCCGGCUUGCAGAUUAUGGUACAACAGACUUGUCGGUGAUUAGCGAGGCGGGACAGGGUGAUAUCAAAUCAAAAGGGCGUGCAGAUACGGUGCGCGUAGUGGUCCGAUGCCGACCUAUGAGCGCAGCAGAGCGCGCAAGAGGGGACCAAUCAGUAUUUCGUUUUCCGCCGAAGCAGCCCACGACACUUCAAGUCGUGUCCACUCAGAACAGCAGCAGCAGUAGUAACAACAGUUCAGGGUCAGCUCGUGAGCUUGUCCGCAGCUUCCAGUUCGACUUGUGCGCAUCGGAGGAGCUCUCUCAAAGGCAGUUCUUUCGUACUUGUGGGGUGAUCCCGCUCCUCGAGUCAGUGGUAGAAGGGUAUCUCGCUACUGUCUUCGCUUACGGCCAAACCGGAUCAGGCAAAACUUACAGUAUGUCGGGCCUCAACGAGCUGUUAGCAGGUACUGAAUUACGCAACGAGGGAAUGGGGGAUUCCAAUGCAAUGGAUCUGUCGGAUGGAUUGAUUCCACGAUCGCUGAAACACAUCUUCUCACUUUUAGAUCAAGCCCCUAUCGACGUGAAGACUGUCGUUCGUGCGUCGUACUGUGAAAUCUACAAUGAGCAAGUGUUCGACCUACUUAAUCCGGGAUCCGGUGCAUUGAACAUGCGAUGGAAUGCGCGCGCCGGUUUCUACGUGCAGGACCUGCUUGUCGUGCGAUGCGACUCGCUCUCUGAUGUGCUAGCUGUUGUUGCUGAAGGUCACCGAAAUCGUCAUGUGGCGUCACACAGUAUGAAUGCUGACUCAAGCCGCAGUCACUCAUUGUUAACUGUCCAUGUUGAUCGCACGGAGGUACGCGACUCAGACGUCGGAAAGAGUCACGGUGUUACUCGAUACGGGAAAAUGAGCUUCGUGGAUCUCGCUGGUAGUGAACGAUUAAAAGAAACAAAGUCCAGUAAUACCGAGGAAACAAGCAAUAUCAAUCGCAGUCUUCUAACGUUAGGAAAGGUUAUCUCAGCGCUGGCAUCGUCUUCUGGAGGAGGAAGCGCCACUACAACGAGCAAUGGUAAUUUCAUCCCAUAUCGCGACAGCAAGCUGACCAAACUACUAAUGGAUUCGCUUGGAGGUCAGAGUUUGACCCUAAUGAUUGCAUGUGUGUCUCCGUCAGCGACAGCAUUAGAAGACACACUAAAUACACUCCAUUACGCUACCAGAGCCAAGAAUAUUCGCAACAAGCCAGCGGUUCAAGUGGACCCCGUCGAGUUGGAGCUCAGCAAUCUGCGCCAUGAAAACCAUGUACUUCGAGCAGAGAAUCAUGCACUGCGUCUUCGGCUACAACUAGCAGGACCAAUGUUAAAUCAACACACUAGCCAGCCCCAACAACAGUCUAGCCUAGUAUCCGUUACAUCCAACUCGCGGUUACUUCCACUGAACAACACAUCGCUAUCCCCUCGUGGUGCAAUGAAGCCGUCAUUAUCCUCUGUGUCACCUUCACGACGUAACCAGCUUCAGGUCCUUCAGGAUGACCAUGACAAGUUGACACAACGGGCAGCCGUAGCGGAGCAACGCCUCAAGGAGAUUGAAGCUGAGAACAGGACCCUCCGACAGCGUCAAAACGGAACGAGCAGUCCAAAUAACGAGAUAAGGCAAUUGCGGGAGCAAGUGCAACAGCUGCAACAACGCGAGCAGGAGCUCAUGCAGGCUUUGUCUCGACGAAGUCGACGCGAAACGCAUUGAAUUUACCACUUCAACGUGUAAUAAAAUAUGCUUACGCAGUACGUUUGGUGUG